CGGAAACAGCGCGAGCCGGGAGCGUGAGGCGCCGAGUGACCGCGAACCGGGAACCGGGACUUGGCCAAGAGGUUAGUUUAACAUUACAUCUAUUAAUAAAUGAGGGCUCAUUUAUGAUAUUAAAAACAGAAAAUAUCCCAAGCUCUCAACAAGGUUGACGGCACCCGUGGUGGAAACAAAGAGAAACAGUAUUACAGAAUCACGAGGUGUGGAGGAAAUUUAUAAAAUGGCAGAAAGUGAGUCCAAGCAUCACCGCUCAAGAAUGCAGAAAGAGCAGCAGAAUGGUAAUUUCACAGAUCUCUUGUCAUUGAAUGAGAGGAAACUGAAGGAUCAAGAGGAGAGGGAGACAAUAGUUUUAUGGAGGCGGCCUGUCACCACUCUACACUACUUCCUCCUAGAAGUUAUCAUAGACUUUAAAGAAUGGGCAAUAAAGUUAUGGGAACGGCGAAGGUUUGUUCUGACUCUGCUGUUCUUGUUGGCUGUGGCUAUAAUGGCCUAUUAUGUUGAAGGUGAACAUCAGCAGUUUGUGCAACUCGUGGAAAAGAAGUUUUUGUGGUGUGCCUACUGGGUAGGCUUGGGUAUCUUGUCCUCCGUUGGGCUUGGGACAGGUCUGCACACUUUCCUGCUCUAUUUGGGACCACAUAUUGCUUCAGUGACCUUGGCUGCAUAUGAAUGUAACUCUGUGAAUUUCCCAGAACCUCCGUAUCCAGAUAAGAUCAUCUGUCCAGAUGAGAAAUUGAAAGAGACGGUCUCCUUAUGGGCCAUCAUCUCCAAAGUCAGGCUGGAGGCCUGCAUGUGGGGAGCUGGCACUGCAAUAGGAGAGCUGCCUCCUUACUUCAUGGCAAGAGCAGCUCGACUAUCAGGCACGGAAGCAGAUGAGGAGUUUGAAGAAAUACUAGAACAUGGUCAGAAUUCAGAGGGUCUUCCCACCAGAGCCAGGAUGGCUGUUCAGAACUUGGUGCAAAGAGUUGGUUUCUUUGGCAUCUUGGCUUGUGCUUCAAUUCCCAAUCCCCUCUUUGACCUGGCUGGCAUAACAUGUGGACACUUCCUUGUUCCAUUCUGGACCUUUUUCGGUGCAACUCUUAUUGGAAAAGCUAUCAUUAAAAUGCACAUCCAGAAAUUAUUUGUUAUUAUCAUGUUCAGCAAGCACAUAGUGGAACAGAUGGUGUCCUUGAUAGGGGCAAUUCCAAAGUUAGGCCCUUCACUUCAGAAACCCUUCCGAGAAUACCUGGAGGCCCAGAAACACAAGCUUCAUCACAAGUCUGGAGACAAAAUAGAAGCGAGUGAAAACUGGCUGUCAUGGCUCUUUGAAAAAAUAGUCAUUGUCAUGGUGUGCUACUUCAUUCUGUCCAUCAUUAAUUCUAUGGCCCAGAGCUACGCCAAGCGGAUCCAGUCACAGAAAUACACUGAAGAGAAAAUGAAAUGAAAUAAGUAAUAUUUUUUGAGAAAGGGACUGUACAAGGCCCAGAUUAGAAAGUGAUUCCUAUAGCCAUCUGCUGCUGCUUGAUUCCAUCAACUGGAAUGACUUUGAGGAGGCAGAAGGGGUAUGUUAUAAAUGUAUGCAGUUGCAAGUUCUGAAAUGAAUUAUUUCAUGCUUAUCAUAAGUAUUCCAGAAUGGAAUCUACUUCUGUGGAUUCUUGCUCAUUUAAUUUCUUCAUUUUAAUUUUUUUAAAGAAUUUUUGGCUUCAGUGGAGGCCUUGUUUGGAAUGAAUGGCAUAAAGGAAGUUGUAGGAUAGAUGUAAAUAAUUAGGCAUGGAGUCCAGAUGAUAGAAAUGAUUCUGAUGGUCUUCCAAUUACUUUGGGUAUGGUAAUGAAUAAAUGAGGGUUGGGCAUGGUUUGCAAAAGCCACAGCAACUCAAAGAAACAGCAUUGCAUUGUCUUGAGUACAAGUAUAUUCCCACAAUUCCUUUUUAACUUUUGGCUGUAUUUCACACAAUGGUUGGUAAUGGUUCUGUAAGCACAGAGCAGUGACACUUUUAAUACCAGCCCAUUAUAGCUGUGUUGAAACAUACAUUUAAAUUCCUUCAGAUCUUAUUAAGUUAAUAUAGUUGGUUGGGGACUUGCAUUAUUUCCUCCUUUCUAUUGCAUCAUCUUUCUGUGGUACCGCUGUCCUCCACAAAUGUGUCCCCUUGCCAACAACGUUCUUCUUUGGUGCUGAAAUUUUCAUGCUGCCUACACACCAGUAACUGAGCUGUGGUUUGACGCUGCAAGUUGCAGAGAACUGACAGACCCAUCAUUGUUGGCAUUUCUCAACGCUUAGAGGUGAGACUUUAAGUCACACUGUCAUCUGCAGUGUUUCACUUUACAAGGCAUUGAUUUUUUUAUCACCUUAUUUCAGCUUUUUCUGAUAGAGGAUAACUAUAGAAAGUCAGUAUAUGUGAAUUUGAAAAAAUUUAUAGGUAUUUAUUAUCGCAAUCUUUGAAUUUUAUUUAUCUCCCAUUUGAGCAAUGUUGUCUUGUGCCCAAAGCAGCACCAAACUUUUAGAAUUGUAUUGCUCACCUUUACUUGUGUUUUCAACUCGAAUGAUAGUGAAAGAAAUGCUGUAAAACAAGUCCAUUCAAACUGUAUAGAAAGCAAUGUAAAUUUUACCAGAAAGACCUAACCUGACUUUAUAAAACUACGUUGUCAUUCCGCACACUAGAUCUUAGUUUGAUUCUGUCUAAUUACUGAGGAAUGUCAUUAACAUGUAUGAAUAAAAAUCAGAAUCUCAAACUACAUGUGCCAAUUAAAUACAAAUUCAGUAACUUCACUGAUGAAUUCAUAUAGGACUAUUCAUAAGGCAAAAUAACAGAUGUUUGACUUAGAUCAUAGUGUACAUUUUAACUUAUUCCUAUGCGAGAUAUGUUGCAUGAAUGAGGUCCUUCAGAAGCUUCUCUUUCGGAGCUGUUUAAGCUGAAGAAACUCUGGUUCUGUUUUAACUACUGCAUUUUCUAACUGGAAUAAAAUUGGAGUUAUGGUGAUAUCUUUCUAAGAUUUUUAUUGAAGUGCGUGAAUUUGAAUACAUAAAUUACUAUUGUUGCAGUGUUACAGUCCUAGCAGGUUUCUAAUUCAGCUCUUUCACAGUACUGCCAUCCAGCAGUGGUCUGAAAAUGCUUCAGCACAGAAAAUUCAGAGUUAGUUAAUCUCUGAUAAAACAGGUGGCUAACCACAGCAUUUUGACCCACAGAUUCUGGAUCUGUACUUUGUGUCUGUUCAAAAUCUCCUUUGGAGUUUGUGGAAAAUUACUAAAAACGGAAGUUUGUGCAAAAUUAAACUUGAUUAAUGUUCUGUAUAAUUAACACAUCAUUAGUCUAUUCCAUAAAGUAAACUGGAGUGCUAUUUCUCAACAUUUUCAUAUUCCUGAAUGGUAAGUAAUUUGAAUUCCUAGAAGUUCAUGAUACAAAAAGUAAAAAUUGAAGAGGAUUUUUGCAACUAGUUCCGCUAUUGCUUUUAUCUUCAGCAGCUUGGAUAUCUCCACCUUUCUGGUGAUAUUAGUCCUGAACAAGAAGGCUGAGUUUAUGCUCUUCAAGAACAACCAAAUGAUCACACCAUACUGUGAAACCAAACACUGAUGCUUCUGCCUGACCAAGGAAACUUGUCCAAUCCUAGCUCAAAUUUUGAAUCUCAAGUAUGGAGUUUGAAGAUAUGGUACUGUACUAGUGCCUUGGUACAGCCGAUAUAUUGAAAUGUAGCGGUGUUGUAUUCUUGGAAUUUGUUUCUAAGCAACAAACUAAUUUUUAUUACUCAAAUGGUACUAACUUUAUUCACUAGCAGGUAAGAUUCUGAGUACCUUCAUUGUUUAGUUUCUAGCCUCAAACAGCAGGUGUAGAUUUUAUUUCACAUCCAGCUUCUGCAUUGUCUUGCCAUUCAGUGAGAUAGCUUAUCAGACUGGUGUUGGCUGUUUGCUCAGUUGGCGACAACAGUUGGUAGGCUAUCUGACAUUGUGGUGUCUUCCAUCUCAUCAGCAUUGCAUUUUAUGUUCUGCUUCUCCAUUUUCAUUUUGGUACUCAUUGUUUUUCUCUAAGUUAGUGGUAUAUUUAUGAAUCUCAUUAUCUACCACAGUUGUUUUGGGAAAAACAAACUAAUAGUCUGUAGUAAUAUGAUCUACUGCUAUUAUGUUAUCCACCUAGUUAUGUUCGAACUCCCUCUUUUUACCCGUCACCUUCAGAGCUCACACAAAAUUGCUCUGCCUUCAGGUGCUGUGUAGUAUUCUGCUAUUUCCAGGUAAGGAGGAAAGGUUAAACCUCAAUUCCAUGCAAGUGGGUUCAAUAAUUGUGUCACACUGACUUAAUCAUGUAGCAGUGUAUAGAUUAUUUAAUAAAAUGUGUCAGAGUUGA